GGGCCUAUUUGCCCAAGUUAGUGAUAGGGGCCUGCGGAAACAUGAAGAGGAUAAAUAGCUGUGUGAAGAAUGAGGAGCAUGUCCUGGAAGAGCUGGAAACAGAAGGUGAGAGGCAGCUGAAGAGCCUCCUUCAACAUCAACUUGAUACCUCUGUCUCCAUUGAAGAAUGUGUCUCUAAGAAAGAGAGCUUUGCCCCGGGUACUAUGUACAAACCCUUUGGGAAGGAAGCAGCUGGGACAAUGACUUUGUCCCAGUUCCAGACACUACAUGAAAAAGACCAGGAAACUGCUUCACUCAGGGAACUAGGGCUCAACGAAACAGAAAUAUUGAUCUGGAAAAGCCAUGUUUCAGGUGAAAAGAGGACAAAGCUGAGGGCAACUCCCGAGGCAAUACAGAAACGGCUUCAAGAUAUUGAAGAAAGGAUCUCAGAGCGCCAGCGCAUCCUUCGCCUGCCACAGAGGUUUUCAAAGAGCAAACAGCUGACCCGGCGAGAAAUGGAAAUUGAAAAGUCUUUAUUUCAGGGAACUGAUCGUCACUCCUUCCUUAAGGCUCUUUAUUACCAAGCAUACCACAAAAAGACAAGUGCAGACAAGUACAUGACCUCAAUGAAGAGGAAGAUAAAAUUAGGCACAAAAGAUGAACCCCCAAAGAAGAACAAAGGUGAUCCCAUGAACAACCUGGAAGGUUUUUACCACGAGACUAUAAUGAAAAAACGUCUUGAAGAGUUCCAACUUAUGAGAGGUGAACCCUUUGCUUCCCACUCACUGGUCUCAGCUACAUCAGUGGGUGAUAGUGGCACAGCUGAGAACCCAUCACUACUCCAGGACAAGGGAAAACAGGCAGCACAGGGUAAAGGCCCCAGUCACCAUGUUGCAAAAGUUAUUGAUUUUCCACCUGAGCAGUAUUGGACUGGGCGUAAGAAGCUGACGCAACCAAUAGAAUUUAUCCCUGAAGAUGAGAUCCAAAGAAGCCGUUUGUCAGAGGAGGAGAUCCGAAACAUCCCUAUGUUUUCUUCAUAUAACCCAGGGGAACCAAACAAGGUGCUAUACCUGAAGAACCUUAGUCCUCAGGUGAAAGAAAGAGACCUUGUCUCAUUAUUCGCUCGGUUCCAGGAGAAAACAGGACCACCCAUUCAGUUCCAAAUAAUGACUGGACGCAUGAGGGGACAGGCUUUCAUCACCUUUCCCAAUAAAGACAUAGCAUGGCAAGCAUUGCAUCAAAUAAAUGGAUAUAAACUCCAUGGAAAAAUAUUGGUGAUAGAGUUUGGAAAGAACAAAAAGCAACAGUCAGUUGUCCAGGGUGCUUCCCUUAUAACAUCUGCUACAAAUAGGAGUGCAGAAAUCAGUGGUUGCUAGAGCCCAUAUCAACACUGAUCUUUCUUUCAUCAUAAUCUGAGAUCUAGGAUAUGUAUAGACAUAGAAAUUUGUUUAAAAAUUAAGAGGAACUAUUAGACAGUAAUUAUGACAGUGGCUCUCAGCAUUUAGAGAGAACUGGUAGAAAUAGUUUCCAUAAUUAAAUACUGUAUAGUCUAGAAAAAGACUAUAUAAAAUUGACACUAUCCUGAGUGUUAAAAGAAUAAUCAAGCACUUUAGAGGGCAGAUAAUACCCUGAGCAUUAAGAUUAUAUGAAAACCUUUAAUUCUCAGGAUAUGUUACACAGGAUUGUUCUGGAGAUUCUGAAAGUUCUUUAAUUUAAUGUUUAGUCCUAGAGAUAACACUUUUUCUAGGACUGUUUCCUAUAUACAAAGAUUUAAAACUAGUUCAGUGCUAAAAUAUUUAUUUACUGAAACUCGCUGUAUUUAGUCUGAACUUUGAACAGUUACAGAAGGUAGAUUUAUGAGUUUAUCCACAUUUUUUUUGGUUUUUUGAGACAGGGUUUCUCUGUGUAGCU